AUGGGUUCAAAUUCAUAUUUAUUAUCUAUUGUUGCAUUAUGUUUUAUUUUAAUGCAAAUUUGUUCAUCGAUAAUAGUUACUGAACAAUAUUUACCAUCGAUCAAAAUUGACAACAAAGAUGUUGAUGAUCAGGUUUAUAUACGACAACGAUUGGCUCAUUUAUUAUUUCCAUCAACAUCUUUUAGUAAUCAAUUGAAUGAAAGAUAUGAUGAUCAAGAUUUUCAACCAAUGAAACGUGAAUCAUUUGGUCGAAAACAGCAUUGGGAUGUUUUUUUUGGUAGACGUUAA